AUGAGGACGGUCAUUGACGAGACAAUAUUUGACACUACUGAUCCUUUAUUUCAAGAAGUUGCUAAGAGAAUGGAGAGUAAGUUCAAGAAGUAUUGGGGUAAUCUUGAGAAGAUGAAUAAGCUUGUUUUCCUAGGUCACAUUCUAGAUCCUCGUUAUAAACUUCAAAUGAUUGGGUUCCAUUUGGGAGAUAUGAAAUUGGAUGCUAGUAAAAUACAAUCCUUUGUUGACGGUUUAAAGAAUUGUCUAAUGGAGUUGCAUCAUGCAUAUAAAAUGAAGGUGAUAUACAAUCCUUUGUUGGAUGAUAUUAAUGGGAUUGAUGAUGGUGAUAUAGACAAAGAUUUGAUGGAAAUGUAUAAAAAUGAUCCCAUUAAACUAAACUACCAUAUGAAAAUGGCUCAAGCUCAAUGA